CUGGGCCACAUUUCCAUUCUGCUUCCAGCUCUUUCUUCCCUGUCCACCAAGCUUGUUGGAUUUGCUUCCAAAUUUGGGGGAAGAAUCCUGGAUGGAACAUGUAGGAAAGUUUUUAAAGCUGUAGAUCGUGCUGACGUUAGGAUUGAGUUGUGACAUUGCCAGGAGAAGAAAAAAAACACCAAUAAAUGCAGAUGUUGGAUCAUGCCAAGGAUCUUGUCAGGCGUGUGGAUUGUCUCCCACAGAAUGGAGAUGUGGCUUCUGAUUCUGGUGGCGUAUUUGCUCCAAAGAGAUGUGAAUUCAGGAUGUAUGCCAACGAAAGCUGUGGAUCCAGAAGCAUUCAUGAAUAUUAGCGAAAUCAUCCGACAUCAAGGUUAUCCUUGUGAGGAGUACGAAGUUGUGACAGAAGAUGGGUACAUCCUUUCUGUUAACAGAAUUCCUCAAGGCCCAGCGCAACUUAAAAAGACAGGACCGAGGCCGGUGGUGUUCCUGCAGCACGGCCUGCUUGGGGACGCCAGCAACUGGAUCUCCAACCUGCCCAACAACAGCCUGGGCUUCAUUCUGGCAGAUGCUGGUUUUGACGUGUGGCUGGGGAACAGCAGGGGAAACACCUGGUCUCGGAAACACAAGACCCUCUCCGUAGACCAAGAUGAGUUCUGGGCUUUCAGUUAUGAUGAGAUGGCUAGGUUUGACCUUCCUGCAGUCAUAAACUUUAUUUUGCAGAAAACUGGCCAGGAAAAGAUCUAUUAUGUCGGCUACUCACAGGGCACCACCAUGGGCUUUAUUGCUUUUUCCACCAUGCCAGAGUUGGCUCAGAAAAUCAAAAUGUAUUUUGCAUUAGCGCCCAUAGCCACUGUCAAACAUGCAAAAGGCCCUACUACCAAAUUUUUGUUGCUUCCGGAUAUGAUGAUCAAGGGACUGUUUGGCAAGAAGGAAUUUCUGUACCAGACCAGAUUCUUCAGACACCUUGCUAUUUACCUGUGUGGUCAGAUGAUUAUGGAUCAGAUCUGUAGCAACGUCAUGUUACUAAUGGGAGGAUUUAAUACGAACAACAUGAACAUGAGCCGAGCAAACGUGUACGUUGCUCAUACUCUAGCGGGAACGUCCGUGCAAAAUAUCCUGCAUUGGAGCCAGGCAAUGAAUUCUGGGGAACUCCGGGCAUAUGACUGGGGGAGCGAGACCAAAAAUCUGGAGAAGGGCAAGCAGCCAACUCCCAUAAGGUACAAAGUCAGAGACAUGACGGUCCCCACCGCAAUGUGGUCCGGCGGUCAGGACUGGCUUUCAAAUCCAGAGGACAUGAAGACGCUGCUCUCUGAGGUGACGAAUCUCAUCUACCAUAAGCACAUUCCUGAAUGGGCACAUGUGGAUUUCAUCUGGGGCUUGGACGCCCCUCACCGUGUGUACAAUGAGAUCAUACAUCUGAUGAAGCAGGAGGACGCCAGCUUCUCCCAGGGAACAUGUGGGGUCAGCCUGUGAAGCAUCUUGAUACUGACGAGUCUUGGGUGGCCCGGGGGUGGGGUGGGGGGUGGUCCCUGAAUGGAGGACUUUCACGAUUUUAAGAACUGGAAACCUCCCAUAUGGGGGUGGGGGAGGGUCAGGGAGUAGUGGAGAAGGGAGGGCGAAGCUAGAGUACACAUGACACUAAAAUGGACAUUUAAAUUUUUUCCAACUAAUUAAAAUUUGCAUUGUGUGAA